AUGGAUUACGCUUGUAUUGGAACUCAUGACGAAGAUUCAGCCAUCUGUGAUUUUCUCCAUGGUAAAGAAAUUCUGGUUGUAAUCCUUCUCCUUAUCUUCUAUUUACCACUCAUACUAAUGAUUUGCUUCAAUGUUGGCACAUACCGUUUGGCUUUGGCUAGUUUAACACUUAAAAGGAGACGAUCUCGGUUGAAAACUAAAUUUAAUUAUAUCACAAAUGAUGAAAAUAGUGGAAUUAAUAAUGGUGUUGAUUUAGAUGGUAAUGAAAUGUCACGCUUUUCAGCUUUGAUGAUCCAACACAAGCUAUCUUUUACCCUAGGAUUAAUCAUGCUGGUCUUCAUAGUUUGUUGGGCGCCAUUUUUCAUUGUGUCCACAAUAAUUUGCCUUUGCUCUGAAUGUACACAAUUUUUAGCUCCAAUCCAUAAUUUUGCUAUCUGGUUGGGUGUUGUUAAUUCUGGCAUGAAUCCAAUAAUUCAUUUCAUCCUGAGUCGAAAAUUUCGGACAUCAAUAAAGUCACUUUUCUGUCUAACCAGUGCCUCAUCUAAAUCAUAUGUACCUCGUUUCUCCUCUGUAACCAGGUCUACCAACACAUCUAACGUUUUAUCUGGUAAAUUUAAAUCAUCGUCCAAUGGUAUUUGA